CCUCUUAAGAGGAUCAACGCAGUGAACGAACAGAGUACAAAAGUGUAGUGUCUGUGUUUGUGUGAAAGAAACAAAAAGUCACCUUAGUUUUGUUCGGUAAUUUUUUUUCCACAAAGGACUACUUCAGUUUUUACGCAAUAACAAUGCGCUCCUUCGCUUUACUCGCUUGUUUGGCGACCAUUGCAGCCGUCAGCGCCGCACCACAAUUAAGAUAUGACUAUGGAGCACAACCAGCGGCCAGCAAUUUUGUGUCCUCAGCACGGGGUGGUGAGAAAUAUUUGCCACCGGCCACCACAAUACAACCGCCCAGCGUACACAAACAAUUCUACACGAUUUCGGCGCCGGCGGAUGAUAAUGAAAAUUCUAAGCCAAAACAUUUGGUCAUCGGGCGCCCACAGAAGAACUAUCGUGUGGUCUUCAUAAAGGCGCCAGGCUCUGAUAACUCUAAUCUCAAAUUGUCAGCUGAAUUUGCUCCACAGGAAGAAAAGACUGUCAUUUAUGUGCUCAGCAAGAAGGAUGAUGAGCUGACAGCCAAUGACUUUGCCACACCAGCGCCAACAGCGCCCAGCAAACCCGAAGUAUUCUUCAUUAAAUACAAGACACCCGAAGAAGCGGCAGCAGCGCAGAGGGAAAUUCAAGACCAAUACGACCAACUGGGCGGCACUAAGGAGAUAUCCGAUGAAGGCACCGCUCCAGUGGCUUCAGUUAUUGGCUCCUUGGACGGUAUUGCUCCCGAUGGCAGCUACAACUACGCAGCCAUUCAACCACCACCAGCGGAACUCGGCAGCGCAUCAUCGCCUCUUAGCCAAUAUUUGCCCGCUUUAGCUCGUCUGUAA